AGUUUCCCUUCGCCAUGUCGUGCUCCGUUGCGAUUUCGAGCUCUCCGGCGUUUUCACCGUCAAUGGUGUCCCUCAGCUGUAAGACCUCGCCGGAAAGCUUAUGUUUCAGUCUUACUCAGCACCACGUAUCAUCAUCGCCGGCGAUCGAUGGUUCUCCGUCGACGGCAUCGGCAUCAACGUCGUCUUCGCCGUUCCGUAGGUUUCACAGAGUGCCUAGCGGGCUUCGGAUAUGCAAGAAUGAGAACUCGGCGUGUUCUUCUCCGGGAUUAGAUUUAUCGGUUGUUUCUCCCGCUUCUUCUAGUUCGACGUCUCCAUGCGGAUCUGCUACGUUUGCGAAGAGGAAGAGACCUGCGCGGCUUGAUAUUCCGAUUAUGGGGGUUUUGGGGUUUGAUCAACCGCCUGGUUCGGAUGGGAAACAGGAGAUGGAGGAGGAGAGCGAUCGGUACUCGGUUUAUUGUAAGAGGGGAAGGAAGAGGGUUGACAUGGAGGAUCGGCAUAGCGCUGCCCUUGACCUACGCGGAGAUCCCCAAAUGGCAUUCUUCGGUAUUUUUGACGGCCACGGGGGAUCAAAGGCAGCCGAAUAUGUUUCGAGAAGGAUUGGUGAGCGGAUACUGGAAGAGGUGACGAUGAGGGGAGGAGAAGCUGACAUGGAGGUAGAAGAAGCUGUAAAGAAUGGGUAUCUGAAAACCGAUGCUGAGUUCCUGAAGGAGGGUGUGGCAGGAGGAGCUUGCUGCGUUACAGCUUUUGUGAAGAAGGGCGAGCUAAUUGUGUCAAAUGCUGGUGAUUGUCGUGCAGUUCUGAGUAUCUCUGGGACGGCUGAAGCCCUGACGUCUGACCACCGGCCAUCUAGAGAUGACGAGAAGGACAGAAUUGAGAGCCUUGGUGGCUAUGUAGAUUGCUACAGAGGUGUCUGGAGAUUGCAGGGAUCCCUUGCUGUCUCCAGAGGAAUUGGUGAUUCCCAUCUGAAGCAAUGGGUGAUUCCGAAUCCGGAGACUAGAAUUAUUCGAAUUGAAUCUAAUUCUGAAUUCCUAAUUCUUGCUUCUGAUGGCCUUUGGGAUAAGGUUGAUAAUCAGGAAGCAAUAGACAUUGCUCGUCCUCUGUGCCUUGACUCUCAGAAGCCAUCACUUCUUUCUGCUUGUAAGAAACUUGUGGAGCUUUCAAUUUCUAGAGGAUCAAUGGAUGAUAUUAGUGUUAUGAUAAUUCAACUGGGCCAUUUUUUUCAAGGUUAAGGUGAUUUAGAAUUUGGAGGUAAAGAAUUCUUCUGGCAGCCAUUGUUUGACACUAUACUUUAGCUAACUACCAGCUUCAUUAUUCCACCCUACAUUGAUUGAUUCUUUUGGGAAGGCAAACUUGUGGAAUAGAAAUUCUGGACAUGGGAUUGUUUAUUUUGCUUUUGCUACUUGCAGCCAUUGUACAUAACAAUUGGUUUAUUAGUAUUUAUUGUGGUUAACUAGGUUUCUUUUGUACAUAUCAAUUUGCUUGAUAGUAUACAUUGUGGAUCUUUAUUUUUUUAAUUGGGA